UAUGCCAACAUGGGGGAUUCCCAGGAAAAAGAUGUGAAGGCUUCGACUCACCUUGAGCAACAGGUUACUACAGAUGUGGAAGACUUGAAGUCAGCGCAGGUUGGAGAUCGUGUUGACCACGAGGUCCAGAAGUAUGCUGGCCUGGGACGAGUCGAGGUCGACGAACCUACAUCUCGUCGUCUGAAACGGUUGAUUGAUCGCCGAGUUCUUACCAUCAUGGUCUUCACAUACCUUGUACAGGCUCUGGACAAGGGAACUCUCAGUUUCACGAGUAUCAUGGGUAUACUUGAUGAUGCUCACCUCCACGGUACUGAGUAUGCUUGGCUUUCGACCUGCGUAUACCUUUCGAUCUUGGUGGUUGAGUACCCCACCAACUGGAUUAUUCAACGGGUUCCCAUCGCAAAAUACCUUGGUUGUAAUAUCAUUAUAUGGGGCGCGGUCUUGGCGCUUCAUUCGACGGUCAAGAGUUUUGGAGGUCUCUUGGCGUGUCGAAUUCUACUAGGCAUUUUCGAAGCUUGCGCUCAACCAACCUUUGUUCGACUUUCAGGCAUGUGGUACAAACGUGAGGAACAGGCACAAACGGUCACUUUCUGGUACAUGAUGAAUGGAUUGCAGCAGAUGAUCGGUGGACUCCUUGCCUACCUAUUUAGCCUGAUUGGUUCCGACAAAGUUAUCAAAUCUUGGCAAGCAUUGUUCAUCACAUAUGGAUGCUUUUCGGUGCUUUUCGGAGUAUUCGUGUUGCUCUUCAUGCCCGAUUCCCCCAUGACAGCAAAAUGUUUCUCCGAGGAGGACAAGAGACUGAUGGUAGAACGAGUCCGAGAUAAUCGAACGGGUAUCCAAAACAAGAAGUUCCGAAAAUACCAGGUUAUUGAGGCCUUGAAAGACCCUCAAAUGUGGUGCUACUGUGGAAUCCAACUGUUCACAACUUUGCCGACUAGUGGACUUGGAACAUUUGCCAAUAUCAUCAUCAAAGGCUUCCACUUUACAACUCUCCAGACCCAGCUCCUCUCUAUGGUCCUGGGCGCAUACAUCAUCUUUGUCCUGUUAAGUUCAAUGUGGCUUGUCAAGAAGACCAACCAAAACCUAAUUAUCAUGGCAGCUUAUUGCAUUCCGUCCUUCAUUGGCACUAUUGUUCUAAUGACUGUGCAGAAUACGACGACAGCCACAAAAGCCGGCUUGCUUUUGAGCUACUACAUCACACUCUCAUUCUGGGCAGCACAGACUCUUACUCUCUCAAUGAUCUCCCGGAAUAUUGCCGGUCAAACCAAGAAGUCGACGGUCAUUGCUGCCAAUUUCAUUGCCUGGGCUACGGGUAACGCGAUAGGUCCCCAAAUUUUCUUGACUCGGGAUGCGCCUCGCUAUUUCACCGCGUUCAGCAUUCAUCUCGGAUGUUAUACCCUCCUGGAGCUCGUCUUGCUAUAUUUGCGAUUCCACCUUAAGCGACAAAAUGACAAGAAAGACCAGCAAGCUGCUGAAGGGUUGGCAUCUGAAGAAACUACCAAUCUUGAAGGAUUCGAAGAUCUGACAGAUCGGGAGAACCUGAGAUUCCGCUAUGUUUACUGA